AUGGGUCAUCAUAUGAGUCUCUUGAAAAACUUUGAGAAAAAUAUUGUGACAAAUGAUGUGGAAACUGUAAAGAUUCUAGAACAUAUCCUUGAGUCCUUUCUUCAUUCUGCUAGCAUUGAGUUUCUCUAGAUGUCUUUCAAAGAGAACAACUGAGAACUGUUGUCUCUUCUCCUUAGUUGUGUGGCUGAUAUUUUAAACUUAUCUAAUGAGCUUGUCGAAAGCAGUCUUACAGAUAUCAAGGAAAAGCUGCAUUUUCUUGAUUGCAUUGAAAGAGAUGUGAAAAGACUUAUUCAUCACUGCCUGCAAGUUCUUUUCCUUUCAUCCAGAGACUUUAAUGAUAAAAGAGAUUGUCUCAUAUAG